AUGUCCCCAAAAAGGCCAUCCAUCCACUCCAUCCCGCGCACCGCACGGCACUUCACUUCACUCAGCACCACCACCACCUCUACGGAAAACCGCGCGCGCAAUCAUCACACGACCAGAAAGAAAGAAAGAAACACCGUGUCUGCCUGCCUGCCUGCCUUGCGGCCUGCGCCCUCUUUUUUUGUUUUCUGGUCGCUUGUCGAUCCAUUCCACCUUACCAUCAGCUUCCACACCCGUCUGCGACAUAUCUGUCCACGCCUGCUCGCGCCGCGCACCGCACCGCACCACGCUCCUCUCCCAAUUCUAUAUAUAUAG